UGCACAGCGAGACUUUGCGAGAGUUUGUUGUUGUCUGGUCGUCGUGUGAAAUUGAGCGUGUUUCCCAACUGAGACCAAGGUGUGGUAUGUAAAAGGCACCGCCCAUCCGCAGAGGUAAACAAAGUAUAUCUUCGUCAGUCACCCAACGUGAUCGAGCUUGGACACAGCAGCCAUCAUCACCCACAUCACGUCGUCGCCUGUAAAUGGAAAUAACUAUAAUUUCGCUAUGAAUUGCCGCUCAGAAGUUCUUGAAGUGACAGUGGAGGCAAGGCAGGUGGAAGAAGCUAUGCUGGCUUUGCUGCACACCAUUUUACUGCAUCGCAGCUCCGGGAAAUUUCACUACAAAAAAGAGGGCACCUACUCCAUAGGUACCGUGGGCACACUUGACAUCGACUGCGACUUCAUCGAUUUCACCUUCGUCAGGGUGUCCUCCGAGGAGCUGGACAGAGUGAUCAGGAAAGCGGUGUCUGAAUUCAAGGAUGCUUUGAGCAACUCUGGCAGCGAUGGCAUGGGGCAAAUCUCCCUGGAGUUUUACCAGAAGAAGAAGUCUCGCUGGCCUUUUUCUGACGAGUGUAUUCCCUGGGAAGUGUGGAGCAUCAAGGUCAAUGUUGUCAACCUGGCCAAUGAGCAGGAAAGACAGAUCUGCAGGGAGAAAGUGGGCGAGAAGCUGGGCGAGAAGGUGAUCAAUGUUGUUGAGGUCAUAAACCGCCACGAGUAUCUGCCAAAGAUGCCCACCCAGUCUGAAGUGGACAACGUUUUUGACACCAGUCUCAAAGAUGUCCAGCCAUACCUUUAUAAAAUCACAUACCAGAUCACAGACUCUCUGGGCACCUCUGUAAGCACAACAAUGAGAAGGCUGAUUAAAGACACCCUGGCACUGUGAGGAGGCUCCAAGACACAGAAAAGAAAGAUCUGGAUGAUCUUAUCCAUAACUGUAUCUAUAGCCAUGCCUGACAACUGUUUUUAUGACCAAAAACACAAUUUGACAGCUUUACUGCUGCUAUAAUGAAGCAGUGUCAGUGUAAGCAGCUAAUCAGUCACUUUGUUGAAGUCUCUGCUGUGGUUUUUCGAUAUUGCUUGUACCAUUUAAGAAUCUGGAUUAUGUAAUAUCAAUUUAAAAAUUUUUUUUUGUUUUUGCAAGCUUUCUCUUUCCAAAUUAUCUUCACCUUCCACCAUCUAGAAAUGGAACUUUAACAUAGUAGCAAAACACACUAUUAGUUCAAAAGUUGUGUUGCUGAUGAUGUUAAAUCUGUACAUUAUUGUUAACAUUGUAAACUUUGUCAAUAAAUGAUGUUCAUUGUAA